UAUUGUGAAAUCGUGUUGAAUUUCCCGCGUUAACCCUACGAGAGAAGGAAACUCUUAUCCGCCACCGUUUUGGGUUCUAACACACGGGCGUCGCCGCGUUCAAUAACGGUUCGACUAUUAAUAAUUUUAAGUUCGUUUGUUGUGUUGUUAAAGCGGGCUGCAAAAAUCACUACUAGCAUGCAUUCAUGCGGUUAAAAGUUACUCAUAUGAUUAUAAUUAUAUCCGCUCUUACUACGUUAUCAGUAUUCGUGCGGUGAUGUUGUAGCUCUCAUGAUACAAAAAUUCAUCUGAUACCUAUUUAUUUGCGCUGCUGAGCAAGUGUAUAGUCGAUUUUUAUUAUGUCCGCUAAAAUAGUGAUUAUCGGAGCUGGAUCGGCAGGAAUUGCUGCCGCUACUCGUUUAUACCAGCGCGGAUUAAAAAAUGUGCAAAUCUUGGAAGCUACGGAUCGCAUAGGCGGGCGUGUUCAUACAGUUCCGUUUGGAGAGAACGUGAUCGACAAAGGUGCCCAGUGGUGCCAUGGUGAGAAGCAAAAUGUAGUCUUCGAAUUGGCAAGUCCCCUAGGGCUGCUAGAGUCAUCGAUAAUUGGUGGAAAUAAUUUGCUCAUUCAAUCCAAUGGUGAAAUAGUUAAUCAAGCAUUGAGUGAUCGGUUAAUGCAAAUGGCUGGGGAGAUUGCUGAGUCGGAGGAACUUGAGACGUACGGUGGAACAUUCGGUGAUUUUGUUACCGAGCGUUUUAUGAAAGCAGUCAACGAAGAGAAGAAUAAGGAUAUUGACCGGGAGCUGGUGCAACAAUUCUUGGUGUCCUACCACAAUUACCAGAAAGGUUACAAUGCAAUAGAUUCGUGGUAUGAAUAUUCCGUCAACGACGACGCUGAGGAUUGUGAAGGUAACCAAACCCUGAGUUGGAUGGGUAAAGGAUACCAAAGUGUACUGGACCUCUUAUUGGGACGACAUCCUUCACAAAACGGUGAUCUAAUUCCCAUAGAAGAGAAGAUUGUAUUCAACAAAUUCGUUAAAAACAUUCACUGGAACCGUGGACCAGAUUAUCCGGUUACAAUUUACUGCCAGGAUGGCAGUCAGUACGAUGCCGAUCAUGUUAUUUUAACCAUGUCACUGGGAGUUUUGAAAGAAAAUUUGCAAACAAUGUUCACUCCACAGUUACCAUCGAUCAAGCGAAACGCAAUCACAGGGAUUUAUUUUGGGACAGUGAACAAAAUUAUUAUGGAGUUUAAAGUUCCUUUUUGGGCUGAGGUUGGAAACACUUUCAGUUUACUGUGGGGCCAGGAUGAAUUGGAGAGCUUACGUGCAUCGAAAUACGCCUGGACGGAGGGAGUCUCAGCAUUCUUCAAAAUCGAUCGCCAACCAAAACUUUUGGCCGCAUGGAUGAUGGGGAAAGAGUGUAGACAAGCGGAACUUUUGAGCGGUCAGGAUAUCAUCGAUGGACUGCUCUUUCUUCUGAGGAAAUUUUUCAAAGAAAAACAGAUUGACCCACCCAUCAAAAUGAUACGGUCCCAAUGGUUCUCAGAUCGUAACUUCCGUGGAUCCUAUUCCAGCCGUUCAAUCAAAACGGACCUUCUACAGACAGGUUGCAAUGAUCUAGCAAUUCCCCUAACGGACUGUUUCGGUAAACCUGUGUUGUUGUUUGCUGGCGAGGCUACCAAUAGUAAACAUUACGGAACUGUGCACGGAGCUAUCGAAACUGGUUGGCGAGAAGCGAAUCGUUUGAUAGAUUUGUAUGAAAAACAACAGAAAAAGGUCGAAACCGUUCAGACCACUUAAAGUAAAUAAACAACAAUAGCUCUCUAUCUUUGAUACAGAAGUUAUUGCUAAAACUUCCUGAAA